ACACAACUCUGCAGUUUACGAGAUCAAACGAUGUCUGCGCGUUUCACUGGUCGAUGCACAACCCGAGACAAGAACACUACCGGAAGGCUCUAGGAACACAGAAACAUAGCAAAUGGAGUGCAGCAUCAGCUGUACAUACAGUGGGGUGUUUCACGCUUGGAUGCCUACACUUUGCCAUCAGUGCGAUGCAGUCGCGGCGUUCACAUCCAGUUGUCAUCCGUGAAUCCUGGUCAUUAAAGAAUCCGAAUCUUUGAAACUGACAGAACCACUCCUCUUACUUACAACAUCAGCUUUGUGUCUGCAAGGUGCCGCCGACUUCCCAGAGAAAAUUCGAAAACGUUGGGAGGGUCCAUCUUGUUUCUCGCCUGUUGCGGAACGCACCUGCCAGUCUACGGAAAAAAGAGACAUACGAGUACUUUGUUCAACGCAAGUCACUUCUAAUGGAAAAAAUACCCAUCACGAUCCUACCACAUCCGGGGGAGGAGAAAAUCCGAAAGAGAGCAUGGAAUCAGCACUGGCUCAGUCGCUGUGCUUACACAGUUGUACAGCGAAGUGUCCCGGAUCCUACGACUCCGGUUUGUUGGCGAAAAGAACCACGGGUGAUCAACGGUGUUGUAAUUUGGAGGUGGAAAAGACGUGGUCUGCCAUCAAAGAAAGAGCCUCGUCUUCCCGGGAACGCCGAUACCGCACAGUCUACACUCUUCCGAAUCGUUCAUGGCAAGAGGCACCUCACUAGCACCGCUGCACAGGAGCCGCCAGUGGCGCGUCGGAGGAGCUCGAGGCUCCACUCGGAAACUUCUUUCGCCCAGUUUUUCGAGGACAAACGAGAUCUGACAUCCAGCGACGAAGAGGAGGAAUCCGCGUGACGGUGUUGUAUUGGGCUGUGGAACCUGCCGUCUUUGUCGUAUACAUCGUAGCAUGUUUCUACCGCAUGCUACUUCAUGUGUCCGAUUUAGGAACUGUACAUGCGACCAGACUUCAAGUGCUUCGUGGGUUGUUUUGAUUGUGCGCGACGGUUGCGGCACUGGGCCUCUCUCUACCGGGUUGCCCGUCCACUGCAGUGCACCACUGCUCAGAUGUAUUUCACGUUUUCGUGUGCUUUCCGAACCAGAGUGUCUGCUCCGUGAUAGACCUCUUCCAUCAACGACAAAGGUUGAUUUUGAGACGCAGAAAAACACUCAUGAGUGUUUGUUUGCCCACGCGGGCAGUACGAAAAAUCGCCCGUGAGUUCAGGCCUAACGUUUUGUAUCUUAAGAGAUAUCCCGUCUUACACGUAGGAACUGAGCCGCUGAGCGUAGCGGGCAUGCAUGGGUGGGAGUGGGAGUCACAGACUCGU